AUGACUGCGAAUGGACUCCUCCGCAAAGACCAACUCGAGCGCAACCUGUUCGAUGAGAGGAGAUUGAUCGAAGAGGGCAUUCUCAAGGAAGACAAUCCCCUCGACUUCAGUGUCAACUUCCAGAAAUUAUGCGAUGCGUGCCGACGAGGCGACCUCAAGGUCUGCCAGGAGAUGAUCCAGGAGGGUACCAAUAUUAAUGCAAAGGAUCAGUACGAUUAUACGCCUUUGAUUCUGGCUAGUUUAUGUGGGCAUUAUGAAGUUGUCCAGUUAUUGCUUGAGUCUGGCGCACUCUGCGAGCGUGAUACAUUCCAGGGCGAAAGGUGUCUAUAUAAUGCAUUGAACGACCGGAUACGAAACUUACUAUUACAAUACGAUUAUUCGAAAACGACGGACCCUCUACAGCCACUAGCGUCACAUCUGGUCUCGUUGCUGACCCGAGACCAUCCCAAGACAUACGACAUCACGGUCAUCACCGCCAGCGAAACAUUCUACCUCCACAAAUUCAUCCUCUCGGCCCGAUCACCUUACUUCCAGAGCAAACUCGCCCAAGCACCAGAUACCAAAGUCUGGAAACCAGCACCCACGAUUCCACCGCAGUCGUUCGCAAUCGCUUUGAAGCACUUGUACCUCGGAGAAAUCCCACGAGAUCUCGGCGGCGGUCCUGGCACGGGCUUCACCGACUCGGAAAUCCUCGCCGGGGUGGAUCGAAUCAGCAAGCAUCUUGAGAUCCAGAACCUCUCGCAAUUAAUCCUCGACGGCAAUGACCGUCGACUGGCACGACAACGGCGCCAAGACGAAGUACAAAGAGGUCGCGACCAACUGGAACGAUGGUUCCGCGACAACGUAAUCAAACACGCCAUCGAGAUCGAAUCUUCACGGGCGGACGACAUAAAAUGGGACCGCAACAACGGCAUCUUCGCGGACAUCCUCCUCCGUGCCGACGAGGACGAAGAUGAAGCCGAAGAUGAAGGAGACGUACCCGAACCGACAAACAAAGACCUCCAACGUCAAUCCUCGACCAACGCCCUCGGCAUUCCCAUUUCCCACUCAGACCGGUCGCGCUCGCCCUCGCGUACACGCAAACCCCGCCGCUCGAAAAUCUAUCCGGCCCACAAGGCCAUGCUCAUGCGCUCGGAGUUCUUCAAUACAAUGUUUUCGUCGUCCUUCCUGGAAGCCCAACCCACCCCACACCUUCAGAUCGUCUCGAUAGACUGCUCGCCGGCCGUGCUCGAGAUCAUCCUCACGUUCUUGUAUACCGAGAAAGCGGACUUUGGACUAGACAUUGCCGUGGACGUGCUUUUCGCGGCGGACAUGCUGUUUUUAGAAAAGGUCAAAGCCAAGGCCGCAUUGGUGAUUAGUUCCCUGGGCAAUGGGAGUGCAAUCGCGAUGCCCGCUUCCUCGGCCCUGUCACCUGAAAUGGUGGACCAGGAGAACGUGUCCCAACUGCAGCCGCCACCACAAUCCAAAGACACACCCCAUGGACCCAGCAACUCCCAACCCGCAGACGAUGAACUUGACAUCUACGAAAUUCUCCGUGCGGCCUGGCUCACGCGGGUCCAGCGCCUGGAGGAAUUCGCCGCCCGGUACAUUGCAUAUCGAUUGGAAGCCUUCAUCGACACGCCCGACUUCGCGGAGCUCGUGAAAGAGAGCGCCGAGCGGAUCACCCGCAGAGAAGAGACCGACAGCAUCGAACUGCUAGAUGAUAUUCGGUAUUACCUGAGCGAGCGGUUUCGGCUCCGAUUUGAGGACUCCGGGCUCGAGGACGUCAUGGACGAGGAAGCCGCCAUGGCGGAGGCGGUUGCACAGUCACAGUCACAGACACAGAUACAGAAUGAGGCCCAAUCUGAGUCUCAAGGGCGGACCAAGAAUGGUGCAGAAGACGCACCUGCGAAGCCCCCUCAGCCACUACCACGCUGGGGCACCGAUCCCAAACACCCUCACGAGGACGAAGGCGUCGACAUGUCCGCGUCGACUUCUACCGCAACCCCGACACCGACAUCCACGCCUUCAACAGCAUCGUCCUCGGUCCUGAACCCGCCCUCAACCGGCGGUGCUCCGUCCGUGGCCACCGCCGCCUCUGCGCCGUCUACAGACGUCGAUCAAGAUCCCAAUCACAAUCCAGACCAGCAAUCCAUCCAGGCCCUCCUCGCCUCCGGCGCCGUGCGGACCCUCGACGGCGAAUUGGCGGGCGACGAAUUCGCCGCCAUGGCGGUGGAUUACCAGAUCCUGCUGGACAAGAUCGAUCGCUUGCUCGAGAAGUUGAAGUUGGAUGCAUAA